AUGCCAGCUCCUCUGGAUCUCAGCAAAUCCAAGCUGUCGAUUUCUGACCCGCGGAUGAACUUGCGACGGUCUGCCUCACAUACGGGUAACACCAACUACGAGAAGAUUCCGCUGUCCGCCACCUCGUCCCGCUUCAGCUUCAAUCACCUGCUCUUCUCGUCGCCGCCGCCGUCCCCAAGCUUACCGGCCCUCAUCCCACCUCCCCGAAAAUCACCCAUCCACCCGCGGCCCAGUCGCGUAUUUCGAUUCACGUUUUGGUUUGCAUUCGGAGCGCUUUUCCUCUACUUUGCGACCUUCCCUUUCCGGAGCAUCUUCGGCGUGCCGAAGCUCAACUUGCCUCAUCUUGGCAAAAACGAUGACUUUGAGAUGGUAGGGCAGGAUGAUUUGCCAGACUUCCCAACUCCUAUCGUCAUCACCGACAAGAGUGGCAAAUCGAAAUGGACUGUCUCGAUCCCCCCGAGUUACGACUUCCCAUUGUCAGUGAAGGAAUAUGGAGACAUGUGUAGCAAGUGCCGUGAGGUGGCUGCCCGUGUGAGGGACAUGCGACACCGUUCUCAGGUCACCGACCAGAACCUCUUGAGCAACGAUGCCCCGGCCGAUCCAUAUUUUAUCGAUGUCACGGAAGCCCAGGAAUCAGGUCUCCUCCCGGAGUUUGCCACUAGUCAGUGGCCGAGCAAGGGUCAGGGCCGAGACGGAGACCUCGUUGGAGAGAAUAAGGACUCUCUGGUUGAGAAGCCUGUUUGCCAGAGGUCAAUGACUUUCGUAUUGGAGACUGAAGACGCCGGAAUCGGACACUCUAUCAUGCAGCUUUGGACCUUUUACGGGCUUGCACAGAGGCAGGGCCGAGCCUUCUUCAUCGACGACUCCCGGUGGGCGUAUGGCAAAUACACCGACAUCUUCCAACCGCCUCCCAUUCCCAACUGCCGCCCACCACCACGUCAUGAGAUGAUUCCCUGUCCUCCCCGAGCUCGCCACUUGGUGGUCACCUCAGAAACGGCCAAGUCUCUUUGGGCCGGUUCUUUGAGCAAACCCUAUGCCGACUUCCGUGCACAGGACGAGGAAGGUCUUCGCGAACUAUUCGAUCUCGCGCACGACGGCUACCGGGCACUAUUUGAUCUCAACAAGGAUGACACUCAGUAUGUCAUCAACAGGGUCAAGGAGGUCAAGACCAAGUCUCUCACAGGAGACGCCAACCCCAACGACGGUCUUGUAGUUGGUGUGCAUAUUCGGCAUGGGGAUUGUCACCCGUUGGAAUACAAAUACCGCGGCACAUACAUCCCGAUGGAGAUCAUCGCCAACCGCGCCCAGGAGAUUAUUGACGCCAACUACAACAACACCGGUAGAGAUGGUGCAGACGACAAACUUGCCAAGAAGCAGUCGCUGAUUGUCAUGGCAUCCGAUGACCCGACCGUGUACGACUCCGAGGACUUCAAGGGCUCGAUGCGUGCCCAGGAGCAGAUCCGUCUUGCCUCCAAGCAGGAGACCCACAAGCCCGCCACGGACAAGCACGUCAUGCACCGUUUCGAGGACGAGUCUUUUGGAUGGGAGGGUGGCUUCUUUGCGGCCAUGUUCUGGAAUCUUGGGCUCUCCUCAAUGAGCGCGUCCAACGCUGCAACGGCGAAGAACAUGCAGCUGGCUCCCUCGGCCGAGACUCUUCGACUACGCGGCUACAUUGGUCGCGCGUAUAUGAUGGACCUUGCUGUGCUCGCCAACGCCAGCGAUGCGAUUGUCUGCACCGUCAGCGCCAUGGGUUGCCGCCUGCUUGCCGUCAUGAUGGGCUGGGAGUCCGCCAUGGAGGCACACAAUUGGGUCAACGUCGACGGGCCUUAUGGAUGGACUGGUAUGUCCUUCUGA